GCGCUCAGUUUACUGGAGGAGUUGCCUGAGUUGUUGCGCUGGGGUUUGAGGAGCUCGUUUUAAGCGCUGUUUUACUCCGCUGAAAACGUUGUUGAGGUCAGAGGGAGUGUAUUGCUUUUCAGUAUGGACCUAUACUUUCCCGAAGUGUGACCAAUUAAAGUCGAUUUUAUUUCUUUUCUUUUUGCUGUAUUAACCUUUUUGGUUUGUUUGUGCAAUAAUCGUACUUACUCGAGUUCUGUGACGUAAAUACCGCUAGCAAUGUUGGACAUGCGAAUUGAAGAUUUGUAUUUCCAUCCCUGUUCCGAACUGAACGGAAAAAAUCGAGCCAGGGAACCGUUCGAAACUCGGUACGAAAUGGGUUCGCUUCUAGGUCAAGGCGGGUUUGGAUCUGUCUACGCUGGGCAGCGUGUAUCUGACGGCUUGCAGGUCGCAAUAAAACACGUUCCAAAGGACAAGGUGCAGAAAUGGACACGCUUGCCCAGCGAGCCCCGGUGCUUGCCGAUGGAGAUCGCUCUCCUGCAGCGCCUGUGGAGCGGCGUGGCCACCUGCAAAGGCAGCGGGUCCCCCCCCCGCGGGAUCAUCCGCAUGGUGGAGUGGUUCGAAAGGAGCGACGGCUUUCUGAUCGUCUUCGAGCGGCCGCCGCAUUGCCAGGACCUCUUUGACUUCAUAACCGAACGAGGAUGCCUGGAAGAGCCACUGGCACGAAGAUUCCUGCGGCAGGUGACUGAGGCACUGCUUCACUGCCAGUCCCUGGGAAUCGUGCACCGCGACGUCAAGGACGAGAACAUCCUGGUGGACACUCGUAAAGGGGAGACCAAGCUGAUCGACUUUGGGUCCGGGGCCCUGAUCAAAGAGAGCGCGUUCACUGAAUUUGAAGGGACCCGAGUGUACAGCCCUCCUGAGUGGAUUCUGCACAGUCGCUACCACGCUCGUCCCCUCACGGUCUGGUCUCUGGGGGUGCUGCUAUUUGACAUGGUGUGUGGAGACAUCCCCUUUGAGGGGGACGCAGAGAUCACCAGGGCCCAGCCUCGCUUCACCAAGCCGGUCUCCCCAGAAUGCCAGUCUCUGAUUGGCUGGUGCAUGGCCUUCAGACCGGAAGAACGACCAACCAUGGAAGAGAUUCUGCUUCACCCCUGGAUGACGGCUUCAAGCGCCGAAAGCGAACAGUACGACCCGAUCCUGGGGGUGUGCAGAAACACCAAGACCCAGAAGAGCCCAUAAAACAAGACUGGAUCAGAGGUGACAGGGAGAGGGAGGGAGAGAGAGGGAAGAGGGGGUGAUUGAGACGUGCCUAAAUUAUAUAUUUUUUGAUUGAAA